AUGUAAGUUUAAAGCAGAUAGAUAAUAAUCAUUAAAAAAUAUAGGAAAAUAAAGAAAAAUGUUUAUUCAAAAAAAAAAAAAGGAAAAAGGGGCAGUUUAUUUGGAAUAUUACUUUCUUUAUUAAUCAUAGCCUUAGAAUAUACAUAUUUAAUAUGCAUGAUAUGGUAAAUCUUCACUAAUUAAAUAGAGCAAACUUUUAGAUCAUAAGGAUUGAUUACAGAAGAUAAAAUUGAUAUUCCGUUGAGCAGAAGUAUGGUAGUAUUCAGAUUUGAGUAAGGCCAAGAUUCAGUAUGCUCAUUAGCAAAUAUAAGCUGUAGCAUACAGCGCUGCAGUUAUAUAUUUCAAUGA